AUGCAAAUAAAAUCAAGUUCAAAGAAAUCUGUUCCCAAACCUGUUGAAAGAAAUUCACCACUGCCUGGAACAUCUGGCCUGAACCCGAACACCACAAGUGGCAUACCAGUGAACACCGAUUCGGACAUUGACAGUAGUGUCGAGGAUGAUGGAACGGACAAUUGUGUUGUGUGCAAAAAAGGCUCACCAGAUGCCUUCACAUGGAAAACCCUUGGAGCUCAGUGCAGUACCUCACAACCAGUUAACAAAGAUCAGUGUAAAGAUUCAAAUGCCAGAUGUACCUUCAGUGGUUCAUUUUACAGGUGCUCAUGCAAUGAUAGGUAUCAUCAGGAAGGAGGUGUAUGUGUUCCUGAUAAAGCAAUUGGUGAAUUAUGCAGUAAUGCUAAUGAAUGUUCGGAUCCAAAUGCUGAAUGUCUCGGUAGUAAGUGUACAUGUGAUCAGCAACAUUACCAAUAUAAACCUUCUGGUGGUGCUAAGGAUGCAUGUGAAAAAGUUGAACAGCUCCAGGUUACUGGGAUUUCAUUUUCAAAUAUUCAGACAACUCAGUUUACUGUAUCCUGGACACUACCAGCUGGUAAAGAGAGUUAUAUAAGCGGAUUUAGCGUUGAAUGGAGACCUACUGAUAAAAGUGAAAGUGGAGAUACAAGAAAUGUAUCAUCAGCAUCACCACAAACACUAACAGGCUUAACGCCUGGAAGAACAUAUGAAGUAAAAGUAAUUUCGAAGAACACAGCAACUCAGCCUGGUUCAAUAAGAUCAACAUCUUCCAAGAAAAAUCAAGCAGCAGAACCAAGUAAACCAGGAACAGUUACAAGCACACUCAAUGACUUGGAUGCCACUGAUAACUCAAUCACAAUCAGAUGGGGGACAUCGGUGGGUGUGGCCACUCAAUAUAGAGUAAAAUUGAUUGAUGGUAGCACGGAGGUCACUUCUACAAUCAGUACAUCGAGAUCUGCUGUGAUUAGUCAAUCUACACUAAAGGACGGAUACAUUUACACAGUUCAUAUAGAAGCAAGGAGUCAAGCCUAUGAUGGAAAUUAUAUAUGGAGUGAAAAACGAAUUUCUACUAUCAAGACUAAAGUUCAAGUUCCAGACCCACCUCGAAAUGGCGUCUGUCAGGAUCCAACAGACAAAUCUAUCACUUUGGAAUGGUCAGAGCCUGCUGAUACAAAGGGAGACUUAGUGAAGUACCACAUUCGUGUCUACCAUUACUAUAAUACUACCAAGUUCAUUGUAAGCACAACAGGAACACAAACUCAGAAGACAGUUGGUAAUCUUGAUCCAGGUACAUCAUAUACAUUCCGGAUCUAUGCAGAAAAUGAGAAUUACAAUUCAUCCAUUUAUAACAGUGUAGCAACAGGCUGUAAAACUAAACCAAAAAUGUCAGAACCACCAACGAACCUUGAUAUAACUAAUGUAACAAGUCGUAGUUUAUAUAUAGCCUGGAUGAAACCAGUCGAAACCCACAGCGCCGAGAACUAUGGUUAUGUUCUACAGAUUAAAGAUGAUCAGGAUCAAUGUGCGAAAGAGAUAAUCUAUAGAUGUUCUGACUGUAUAGGCAGGUUUCAGAUUUCAAACCUGGAUGAUUUGUGCAGCUCUACAGUUCGAGCAGAGAUACGCAAGACUAAGCAAGAAUUAGAAGGUCAGUUGACAUAUCAUGCAAGUCUUAAUCCAAAUAUUGCCUACACUGUGACUGUAACUGCUGUCAAUGAUGCAGGAAGAGGAUAUCCGGCUAACAUUACAGCAAAAACUCUUGAAGAAGCUCCGCAGGUACCGUAUGGCGUGGCAGUGAGCGAGAUAAAAACAAAAUCAUGUAACUGAUGAUUUUAUAAAAAGGGAUUUGACAAAAAAAUCCCUGUUUGGGGGUAGUAUACGCCGUUUAGAGUGUCUUUAUUUUGACCAAAUAUCGGAGGACUAUUUUGGAAAUUGUCAACUUUGCAAAAAAACGCGGAAUUUGUGACAUGGAUUAAUCCAUGCAUUGGCAAAACCCCGAAUAAAAGAAGCUAUAAUUUCCAUUUUAUCAUGGUUUAAUUCAUCUGCGAAUACAUAAUUCAUUACUGAUACUGAAUGGAUUAAUCCAUUAUUCAGUCCAAAUGAAUUCCAUACUUUAAGAAAUAUUACACUUUAUGUUCAUUAUAAAACAUGGAUUAAUCCAUCCUUUCAUUUGGACUGUUGAUAUAUGUCAUAAUCAUGGUAAUAUAAAGUUGGUAUGAUAUAUAUAUAUAAAAAAAACAUGGAUUAAUCCAUGCAUUUAUUUUGCAUGUUUUAGAAUCAUCUACAAAUCACUGCUGAU